UGUACAACUUAAUCGAGUGUAUACUGGUACAAUGCAGAAGUCUUCCUCCACCGAGUCAAACAUAAUGAGAUGUUCUACAGUUCCACGCUUCAAGUACCUUUCAAUCAGCGCACCAGCACUGUCUUCAAGAGGGACAUCGAAAUCAUCUCUUCCAAUGACCUCUGUUGAUGUUGCUUCUCGAAGCUCUUGGAAGACAAUUUCUAGUGGAGAACUCUCUCCAAAGCUUGAUUUUGAUGAUAACUCGAGUUUUGGGAUUGCUACACCAUUUUUGAAAUCUUUCAUGCAGGUAAAAGGCCUUACUUUUUUUGUUUGA